AUGUCGAAGAAGAUCGUCCUCAAGAGCUCCGACGGCGAGUCGUUCGAGGUCGACGAGGCCGUUGCUAACGAGUCCCAGACGAUUAAGCACAUGAUCGAAGACGACUGCGCCGGCGACGGAAUCCCUCUCCCCAACGUCACCAGCCCCAUCCUCUCUAAGGUUAUCGAGUACUGCAAGAAGCACGUCGAGGCAGCCGCCGAAGGCGACAAGGACAUCUACGGCGCCGCCGAGGACAACACGCUCAAGGACUGGGACGCCGAAUUCGUCAAAGUCGACCAGCCUACUCUCUUCGAUCUCAUCCUGGCUGCGAACUAUUUGAACAUCACUGGACUUCUCGACCUUACGUGCAAGACUGUGGCCGAUAUGAUGAGAGGCAAGACUCCAGAGCAGAUGCGUGAGCACUUCAACAUCAAGAACGAUUACACUCCGGAGGAAGAAGCUGAGGUUCGCAAGGAGAAUCAAUGGGCGUUCGAGUGA